AUAUUGUAGUGCGUAGUUAUAUGGUAGACGGAACGGACGAAUUAUACGAACUAAUAAGAUUAAAGAGAGUUGAAGAUCAGAAUUUUGUUUUUUUUUCUUCUCGUUUUUUAUGUAACCAGUAACAUGUUACAAGAGAUCGGUAUAACUUAUAUGUUUAUUUACAUUGAACAAUCUAAAAUUAGUCGUUCAUUUUUGUUUAUAUAAUUUGCUCGGAAAUUUAUCAAUCGGUAAUCAAGAAAAGAAAGAAAGAAUAAAAAAAAAAAACUGCGAGAAAAUAACAAAAUUUCGUCGGUUUGGCAUUGGUCAGCGUUUCGAUAUGUUUUCAGUGAGAUGCUGUGGUUUACUGGAAAAUGUAAAAAUAUUUAUUGUUCGGUGAUAUGACCGUGGCAAAGAUCUAAUUAUUCGCUUGAUCUCUUUUUCGUUGCUCGACAUUGUGUGUUCAAUUCAUCAAUUACUAUGAGUUUUUUCGGGCGCUGUGUUCUUGUAAACAUUGUGUUUGUGUACGUUCGUCUCGACAUUUAUGUGGCAAUAGCUCAAGAAACUUUGAACUCGAACCGUUGUUGGAACGAUAACGGUCAGUGCAAUAUCGAAGCGAAUCUAACGCGUGAUGCAUCUUCCAAUCCGUUUACGGUGAAUUUAAAUUGUUUGGACAAUGUGGUACCGAUGUUGAAAAGUGGUUACAGAGUCAGACAGAUCACGGGAGUUCAAAUGAUUAAAUUGAAUGGAUGUAAUGUAACGCAAAAUGAUACAAUUGGUGUGGAGUACAUUGAAGAUCCGUUCAGUGUGACUCAUCUGACAAUUUAUUCGUUUAAAGUGAAAACAUUUUAUGCCAAACAUUUCGAUAAAUUCAAAUCACUUGUUGUGCUACAACUAAUCGACAAUGUGUUCGAAGAAAUAAUUGAUGAAAGCUUUCAAGACAGUGCAACCGUUCAGACGCUUGUGAUUUCGAAUAAUAAUUUAAAAGUUAUUGCACCACAUGCCGUUGUACCACUCAAUAAUUUGAUGAACUUGACUGUGGUUGAACCGUUUCUGGCAAUUAACGAAAUGAAUUUUACAUUUUGUUAUUCGCUGAAACAUAUGCGAUUGGCGGUGAAUGUGUACGAAUGGCAGGCGCUACCCAGGUCGAUGGAAACGUUCGACAUUUUCAACACCACAUUGUCGUUUCCCAUGGAAACGUUUGAGGUGGAAAAUUGUACGAAUUUACAAAGGAUUACCAUCACUCAGUGUCAAUUCGAUAGUUUCCCAGCAAUUGAAUCGCGAUCGUUACAGACGUUGAAUUUGACUGAAAACAACUUGCCCAAUUUCCCCGAAGAGAGUUUUCUACCAAACCUUGAAGUGUUGGACUUAAGUGGUAAUCAAAUCAACGAAAUUAACGGCAAUUCGUUCAAAUCGAUGGUAAAACUACGCGAAGUCUACGUCGUCGACAAUCGCAUCGAGAGGAUCUCCAAACAAGCUUUCGAUUCCAAUCAACAUUUGGAAAUUCUAAAAUUGUCCGGCAAUCGUUUGAAAUCUAUGGAAUUUACCGAUCGGUUGGCAGAGAGAUCGUUACAAAUUUUCAUUGACGACAAUCCAUGGAGCUGUAAGUGGGUGUUGAACGUGUCAUCGGAACAUCCAACGAUGUUCGCAAUUUUCCACUACAACAAAUAUUUACACAAAUUGAAUGUUCACGGAUUAAAUUGCUUAUAUUACGAAGUGGAUGGAUAUAAUGUGUACGAAAGUAGCGUUGCUACCGAAAUCAUGCCCAUCACUUCAACACCUAAUUCAACACUUGCUAAAACUUUUGAAAUGACGUACCGACGAAAUCCGAAGAACACGGUUCUCAUCACAAUAAUUAUAUUGGUUGUCGGUGUGGCCGUUCUAUUCUUUCUGCUUUAUCUGCACAUCAAAUGCAGAGAAAAUACGGUCGAACCGUUCUAUCGAUCGUUGCCAUACGACACGCAUCAAAUGUCUGAUCGGAUCGAUAUCAUUCGAAGGAAUCUACCGCCCACAGACUAUGAGGCACCCAUAGCUGCAAGGGAUGCGGAUCAGAAAGAAGUUAUUUAUGAACAAAUUCCAGACAAAUUUUCGAAUUACGAACGAAUUCCGGAAAAAUUUAAUGUCCACGACGGUUUUGAUGACGUUAAUAGCGUUCUAGGUUACAAAUAAGGGGAAAAUCGGAAAAGUUGUGGUGGUUAUAUACCAAGACUGUAAACUUUGGGCAGGUCACGCUGAACGUAGUUUUAUGAUUUUGCAUUACAAAACGAGCCAUCAGAACAGUCGGAGCGUUUGCUGCGACUGAGCCCCGUACAAACCCGUA